ACCAAACCUCUUUAGAGAGAGAGAGAGAUAAUUAACCCAAAAAAUUUCAAAAAAAAAAAAACCCUAGCGUUUGACUGUGAAUUUUUUUUUUUGUAAAAAACAAAUAAGAAAAAGAGAAAAAAGGGGAAAAAAUGCACAAUCCUCCAAUCGCGUGACAGCAAGAGAAAGAGAGAGUCGUAGUGAGUCAGUCACUGCUGGAAGAAUCGUCGAUCUCUUUCUCUUUCUCUCUCUAUCUCUUUUUUUCUUCAGAUCCAUUUUUCGUUUCUACUCCGCAAUUAUCGUUUUUCUCUCUCAUUAUUAUUUUUUUAUAAUUUUUAAUUUUAAGAGAGAGAAAUUUUUACCAAAAAUUCAUAGAAACCUAGAGAGAAAGGAAGAGGGAAACUACAGCUGUGUUGAUAUGUGAUGAACGUUGGGAUCGGAGGGUAAAAUUGGUGUUUUGUAAAAAUUUUGGAGGGAUUUGGCUUUUUCCUUUUCUAUUUCAUACUCUUUUCUUAUUUUCAGCUUCCUGAUUUUUCGUGUUUUUUCUUUUCUGCGGGAAAUUUAAAAGAAUUGGUGGUAAUCUUUGGCAAUUAAAUUUUGUAUGCAAUCUGGUGGUGGUGGGCCCAGCCGGGUGGGACCGGCUGGGCGUGCGGCGUCCACGUCAUCAGCUGCAUCACCAUCUUCCUCUUCUUCUGCAGCAUCACCACAGUUAGGGUUCGAUUCCGUACAGCAACACCACCAGCACCAGCAAUUAGGUUCUAGGCAGGCAUUGCAACACCAAUUACUUAGAAAACCUGAAGGAAAUGAAGCCCUUCUGGCUUAUCAAGCUGGUGCUUUUCAAGGAGUCAUAGGAGGAAGCAAUUUUGCUCCAUCUCCAGGUUCAAUGCAAAUGCCUCAACAGUCCAGGAAAUUCUUUGAUUUGGCUCAGCAGCAAAAUUCCUCCCAGGAUGGCCAGAAUAGGAAUCAAGCUGUCGAGCAACAAGUUCUAAAUCCAGUUCAUCAAGCGUAUCUUCAGUUCGCUUUUCAGCAACAAAAAUCAGCCUUGGUCAUGCAGUCACAGCAACAAGCUAAAAUGGGAAUGUUGGGCCCUGCCACUGGUAAGGAUCAGGAAAUGCGGAUGGGAAAUUCAAAAAUGCAGGAACUCACGUCCAUUCAGGCAGCUAGUCAGGCUCAGGCAUCAUCCUCCAAAAACUCAUCUGAGAACUUUACUCGUGGCGAAAAGCAGGUGGAGCAAGGACAACAGCUAGCCCCUGAACAGAGGAAUGAGCAAAAGCCUCCAACACAACCCCCUGGCGUUGGACAAGCAAUGCCUGCUAAUGUUGUAAGGCCUAUGCAGGCACCACAGGCUCAGCAAAGCAUCCAAAACAUGGUGAACAACCAGCUUGCAAUGGCUGCUCAGUUUCAAGCAAUGCAGGCAUGGGCACUUGAACGCAAUAUUGAUCUGUCACUACCUGCAAAUGCAAACUUGAUGGCACAGCUCAUUCCACUCAUGCAGUCAAGGAUGGCUGCUCAGCAAAAGGCCAAUGAAAGCAAUGCAGGUGCACAGGCUUCGCCUGUUCCUGUGUCAGUGUCAAAGCAUCAAGUUGCUUCUCCACCUGUUGCUAGUGAGAGCUCUCCACAUGCUAAUUCCUCUAGUGACGUCUCUGGGCAGUCUGGCCCUCCUAAGGCAAGGCAGACUGUUCCAUCUGGUCCUUUUGGAUCUAGUUCCAAUUCAGGGAUUGUGAAUAGCGCCAACAGCCUUGCAAUGCAACAGCUUGCCUUUCAAAACAGAGAGAACCAAGCGCCUCCUAGAACUGGGGUUAUACUGGGAAAUGGAAUGCCUUCUAUGCAUCCUUCUCAAUUAUCUGCAAAUAUGAGCCAAGGUGGAGAUCAAAAUAUGCCUGCAAAAAAUGCUAUAAAUAGCCCAGAAACAUUACAAAUGCAGCAUCUCAAGCAAAUGAAUCGCUCUUCUCCUCAAUCCGCUGGUCUUUCUAAUGAUGGAGGCUCAAGUAAUCACAACUCAUCACAAGGGACGCCUUCCGUCCAGAUGGCACAAAAUCGGGUUGGGUUCACCAAACAACAAUUACAUGUUCUUAAAGCACAAAUACUAGCAUUUAGACGAUUGAAGAAAGGAGAAGGUACACUUCCACAAGAGCUUCUUCGAGCCAUUGCUCCACCACCCCUUGAGUUGCAAUUGCAGCAGCAAUUUCUUCCUGCAGGAGGAAGUAAUCAGGACAGAUCUGGUGGGAAGAUUUUGGAGGACCAAGCAAAGCAUCUCGAGUCUAAUGAGAAGAACUCUCAAGCAAUGCCAUCUAUGAAUGGACAGAAUGCUGCAAAAGAGGAAGCUGUGGCUGGAGUGGAGAAACCAACUGUCUCAGCAAGUAAUAUAGAAGGUCCAACAGCUGUGAAGGACCCUACGACCUCAGUAGCUGUUCGAAAAGAAGAGCAGCAAACUGCUACUUUUCCUGUUAAAUCUGACCAGGAGGUGGAACGAAGUCUUCAGAAAACUCCUGUGAGAAGUGAUGUUACAGCGGACAAGGGAAAAGCUGUUGCUCCACAGGUUCCUGUGUCUGAUGCAGUUCAAGCUAAGAAACCUGCACAAACAAGCGUUGCACCACAGCCAAAAGAUGUUGGCUCUGCCAGAAAGUAUCAUGGACCACUAUUUGAUUUUCCCUUUUUUACUAGGAAGCAUGAUUCAAUUGGGUCUUCAGGGAUGAUUAACACUAAUAAUAAUCUAAUAUUGGCAUAUGAUGUCAAAGAUCUUCUUUUUGAGGAAGGCCUGGAAGUGCUCAACAAGAAGAGAUCAGAAAAUUUGAAGAAAAUUAAUGGUCUAUUGGCUGUGAACUUAGAGAGGAAAAGAAUUAGACCAGAUCUUGUGUUACGGUUACAAAUUGAAGAGAAAAAGCUUAAGCUUCUAGAUCUACAGGCACGUCUAAGGGAUGAAGUUGAUCAACAGCAGCAGGAGAUAAUGGCAAUGCCUGACAGGCCAUAUCGGAAGUUUGUUCGCUUAUGUGAGCGGCAACGGAUGGAGCAAGCAAGACAAGUACAGGCCUCUCAGAAAGCCAUGAGAGACAAACAAUUGAAAUCCAUCUUCCAAUGGCGUAAGAAGCUUCUUGAGGCUCAUUGGGGUAUCCGAGAUGCACGAACUGCUCGCAACAGAGGAGUUGCCAAAUACCAUGAGAGAAUGUUGAGAGAGUUUUCAAAGAGAAAAGAUGACGACCGGAAUAAAAGAAUGGAGGCUUUGAAGAACAAUGAUGUUGAGAGGUACAGGGAAAUGUUGCUGGAGCAGCAGACCAACAUCGAAGGUGAUGCUGCUGAAAGAUAUGCUGUUCUCUCAUCAUUUUUAACUCAGACGGAAGAAUAUCUUCAUAAACUGGGAAGUAAGAUAACUGCAGCCAAGAAUCAGCAGGAAGUAGAGGAGGCAGCAAAUGCUGCAGCAACAGCUGCACGACUGCAGGGUCUGUCAGAAGAAGAAGUAAGGGUAGCAGCAGCUUGUGCUGGAGAGGAAGUAAUGAUAAGGAAUAGAUUUAUGGAAAUGAAUGCACCCAAGGAUAGUUCAUCUGUUAGCAAAUACUACAGUCUUGCCCAUGCUGUCAAUGAGAGGGUCAUAAGGCAACCAUCCAUGUUACGAGCUGGAACUUUACGAGAUUAUCAGCUUGUAGGGUUGCAGUGGAUGCUUUCUUUGUAUAAUAACAAAUUGAAUGGAAUUCUAGCAGAUGAGAUGGGUCUUGGAAAGACUGUACAGGUGAUGGCAUUGAUUGCUUAUCUGAUGGAAUUCAAAGGAAACUAUGGCCCACAUCUUAUAAUUGUUCCUAAUGCUGUUUUAGUAAAUUGGAAGAGUGAGUUACAUAACUGGCUGCCAUCUGUAUCAUGCAUUUACUAUGUCGGCAGCAAAGAUCAACGGUCAAAACUAUUUUCCCAAGAGGUUUCGGCUAUGAAGUUUAAUGUUCUCGUAACAACGUAUGAAUUUAUAAUGUAUGAUCGAUCAAAACUUUCUAAAGUGGACUGGAAGUACAUCAUAAUUGAUGAAGCACAGAGAAUGAAAGACAGGGAAUCAGUUUUAGCCCGUGAUCUUGACAGAUAUCGCUGCCAGAGGCGCUUACUUCUCACAGGGACACCAUUACAGAAUGAUUUGAAGGAGCUUUGGUCUCUUUUAAAUCUACUUCUACCAGAAGUAUUUGACAAUCGGAAAGCAUUUCAUGAUUGGUUCUCAAAACCCUUUCAAAAGGAAGGUCCUCCACAUGAUGCAGAGGAUGACUGGUUGGAAACUGAAAAGAAGGUUAUAAUCAUUCACCGACUUCAUCAAAUUCUGGAGCCUUUUAUGCUUAGACGGCGUGUUGAAGAUGUGGAAGGUUCACUUCCACCCAAGGUUUCCAUUGUUUUGAGAUGUAGAAUGUCUGCUAUUCAAAGUGCUGUAUAUGAUUGGAUCAAAUCUACUGGUACUCUUCGAGUUGAUCCUGAAGAUGAGAAGCGCAGGGCCCAAAAAAAUCCAAUUUACCAGCCUAAGGUGUACAAAACUUUAAAUAACAGAUGUAUGGAGCUCCGGAAAGCUUGCAAUCAUCCUCUGCUUAAUUAUCCAUAUUUUAAUGAUUUCUCCAAGGAUUUCCUUGUUAGAUCUUGUGGGAAAUUGUGGAUUCUGGACAGGAUCCUUAUAAAACUUCAAAGAACAGGGCAUCGGGUACUACUCUUUAGUACCAUGACUAAGCUCCUUGAUAUAUUAGAGGAAUACUUGCAAUGGAGAAGACUGGUCUACAGAAGGAUUGAUGGAACAACCAGCCUGGAAGAUCGUGAAUCAGCUAUUGUGGACUUUAACAGCCCUGAUUCUGAUUGCUUUAUUUUCUUGCUCAGUAUUCGUGCAGCUGGUAGGGGUCUUAAUCUACAGUCUGCUGACACGGUUAUCAUAUAUGAUCCUGAUCCUAACCCUAAAAAUGAGGAGCAGGCAGUGGCUAGAGCCCACCGAAUUGGACAGAAGAGGGAAGUGAAAGUUAUUUAUAUGGAAGCAGUUGUUGACAAAAUUUCUAGCCAUCAGAAAGAAGAUGAAUUAAGAAGUGGGGGCACAAUUGAUCUGGAAGAUGACCUUGCUGGGAAGGAUCGGUACAUGGGAUCUAUCGAGAGCCUCAUAAGGAAUAAUAUUCAACAAUAUAAGAUUGAUAUGGCUGAUGAGGUUAUCAAUGCUGGUCGCUUUGACCAAAGGACAACACACGAAGAGAGACGAAUGACAUUGGAGACAUUAUUACAUGAUGAAGAGCGAUAUCAAGAAACUGUCCAUAAUGUUCCAUCACUUCAGGAGGUAAAUCGCAUGAUAGCCAGGAGUGAAGAUGAAGUUGAAUUAUUUGAUCAGAUGGAUGAAGACCUGGACUGGACUGAGGAGAUGACAAGCUAUGACCAGGUACCUAAGUGGCUUCGAGCCAGUACUAGAGAUGUGAAUGCUGCCAUAGCCAAUUUAUCGAAGAAACCAUCAAAGAAUAUCUUGUAUGCUAGCAGUGUGGGUAUGGAAUCUAGUGAAGUGGAAACUGAAAGGAAAAGGGGGCGGCCUAAGGGGAAAAAAUCUCCUAAUUACAAGGAAGUUGAUGACGAUAAUGGGGAAUACUCAGAGGCCAGCUCUGAUGAGAGAAAUGGAUAUUGUGCACAUGAAGAAGAGGGAGAAAUUCGAGAAUUUGAAGAUGAUGAAUCUAGUGGUGCUGUUGGGGCACCUCCCAUCAAUAAGGACCAAUCAGAAGAUGAUGGUCCAACAUGUGAUGGUGGGUAUGAGUAUCCCCGGGCUUCGACAAGUGCUAGAGAUAAUCAUAUACUAGAAGAAGCUGGUUCUUCUGGAUCCUCUUCUGAUAAUCGAAGAAUUACAAGAAUUGUGUCUCCUGUUUCUUCGCAGAAAUUUGGUUCCCUUUCUGCAUUAGAUGCCAGACCAGGUUCUAUUUCUAAAAAGCUGCCUGAUGAAUUGGAGGAAGGUGAAAUUGCCGUAUCAGGAGAUUCUCACCUGGAUCAUCAGCAAUCUGGAAGUUGGAUUCAUGAUCGCGAAGAAGGAGAAGAUGAGCAGGUUCUGCAACCUAAGAUAAAACGAAAACGUAGUAUUCGGCUUCGACCUCGCCACACCAUGGAAAGGCCAGAUGAGAAGUCUGGCAUUGAGGUACAGCGCGGAGAUGCAUGUUUGUUGCCGUUCCAAGGAGACCAUAAAUAUCAAGCACAGCUGAGAACUGAUGCUGAGAUGAAAGGAUUUGGAGAGCCUAAUCCUUCCAGGCAUGAUCAGAGUGAUUCCUCCAAAAACAGGAGAACCAUACCGUCAAGGAGAAUAGCUAAUACUUCAAAAUUGCAUGCUUCACCUAAAUCUAGCAGAUUACAUAUGCAGGCUGCUCCUCCAGAAGAUGCUGCUGAACAUUCCAGAGAGAGUUGGGAUGGAAAAGUUACAAAUGCAAGUGGGAGUUCAGUGCUGGGCUCUAAGAUGUCAGAUGUCAUCCAGAGAAGGUGUAAGAAUGUUAUUAGCAAGCUCCAAAGAAGAAUAGACAAGGAAGGUCAACAUAUUGUGCCUGUCCUAACUGAUCUAUGGAAGAGAAUGGAAAGUUCUGGUUACAUGAGUGGUGCUGGAAAUAAUCUUUUGGAUUUGCGGAAAAUUGAAACACGAGUUGACAGAUUAGAGUAUAAUGGCGUAAUGGAGCUUGUGGUUGACGUGCAAUUUAUGCUAAAGGGUGCAAUGCAAUUCUAUACCUUCUCACAUGAGGCUAGAUCUGAAGCAAGGAAAGUGCAUGAUCUCUUUUUUGAUAUCUUGAAGAUUGCAUUUCCAGACACAGAUUUCCGAGAAGCCAGAAAUGCACUCUCUUUUUCUAAUCCACUAUCUACCUCCAGUUCUGCUCCAUCUCCACGACAGGCAGCUGUAGGCCAAAGCAAGAGACACAGGUUAAUAAAUGAGGUAGAACCAGACAAUGGGUCCGCCCAUAAGCCAAUCCAACGAGGUUCAAUUCCUAGUGGUGAUGAUACGAGGGUCAAAGUCCACUUGCCAAAGGAAACGAGGCAUGGGACUGGAAGUGGUAGUACCCGGGAACAGUAUCAGCAGGAUGAUUCUCCAUUGCACCCAGGGGAGUUGGUUAUCUGCAAGAAGAAGAGGAAAGACAGGGACAAGUCGAUGGCAAAGUCGAGGCCUGGAUCAAGUGGUCCAGUCUCUCCACCUAGCAUGGCUAGGACUAUCACAAGUCCGGUUCAAGGUUCAGCCUCCAGGGAAACAAGAAUGUCCCAGCAGAAUCCCCAUCAGCAAGGGUGGGGUAACCAACCUCAACCAGCAAAUAAUGGUCGUGGCGGCGGCGGUGGGAGUGUUGGUUGGGCAAAUCCGGUGAAGAGAUUGAGGACAGAUGCUGGUAAAAGGAGGCCGAGCCAUUUAUAAUUUUUGUUUUAAGGAUAGUGUAUAACGGCAGAAAAAAGAAAGAAAGAAAAAAAAAAAAGAAAUGCUGCUGUGCAGUCGAGCUGAAGAGUGCAUUAGUGGCCUGUAGCAAAUUCAGUUAGCCAUACUGUUAAUAUAGUUUAGGUCAUUAAUCGUCCAUUGUAUACCGCUCCUUCCGUUAUUUUCAGAAAUCCAAUAGCUUUUCACUUCUGCGUCAUGCAGUCA